UGACAUACCGGUUUCCGCCAUUUUCUACAUUAAACGCUAAGUUACCUUGAGAAGAAAUUUAGACCAUAGUUGGUAUUCGCCGAGAGUCUCUCAAAUAAUAACAUUUUGUAACAACACACCUAUCGGUAUCUGAGCAUGGAAGACGAAAGCCACCCAAAAACACUAUACGUGGGAAACCUGUCAAGAGAUGUCACGGAAAACUUAAUUCUUCAGUUGUUCACGCAGAUAGGACCUUGUAAAAGCUGUAAAAUGAUAACAGAGAUAUCUGUGUCUGUUUUGCAGCACACAAGCAAUGACCCAUAUUGCUUUGUGGAGUUCUUUGAGCAUAGGGAUGCAGCUGCUGCGUUGGCAGCCAUGAAUGGCCGGAAGAUCCUUGGAAAGGAGGUGAAGGUAAAUUGGGCCACAACUCCAAGUAGCCAAAAGAAAGAUACAUCCAAUCACUUUCAUGUCUUUGUGGGUGAUUUGAGUCCAGAGAUAACUACUGAAGAUAUCAAAGCUGCCUUUGCACCAUUUGGAAAAAUCUCGGAUGCACGUGUGGUGAAGGAUAUGACAACUGGGAAAUCUAAGGGGUAUGGAUUUGUGUCCUUCUAUAACAAACUGGAUGCAGAGAAUGCCAUCGUGCACAUGGGAGGACAGUGGUUGGGUGGACGGCAGAUCAGAACAAACUGGGCCACUCGGAAGCCUCCUGCUCCCAAAAACGCACAAGAGAGUAGCUCGAAGCAGCUGAGAUUUGAAGAUGUGGUGAACCAGUCGAGUCCUCAGAACUGCACCGUAUACUGUGGGGGGAUUCAGUCUGGCCUCUCAGAACACCUCAUGCGACAGACAUUUUCACCAUUUGGACAAAUCAUGGAGAUCCGGGUUUUUCCUGAAAAAGGCUAUUCUUUCAUCAGGUUUUCUACUCAUGAGAGUGCAGCCCAUGCCAUUGUCUCUGUGAAUGGAACCACCAUUGAGGGCCAUGUUGUUAAGUGUUACUGGGGCAAAGAGUCACCUGACAUGGCCAAAACUGUACAACAGAUGGACUACAGCCAAUGGGGACAGUGGAAUCAGGUGUAUGGAAAUCCCCAGCAGCAGUAUGGUCAGUAUAUGACUAAUGGCUGGCAAAUGCCAUCCUACGGCAUGUACGGUCAGACGUGGAAUCAGCAAGGAUUUGGCAUGGAGGACUCCAUACUGGCAGCUGCCCAGAACAUGUCAAGCCCCAUGUGUUCUCCUCCUAGCAGGCAGUCACAAUCCCCAGGCUGGAUGGGAGGAUUCGGCACUCAGUCCUCUCAGGCUCAGCCUGGCCCAGUGAUGCCCAAUCAAUCCACCUUUGGCAUGGCUGGCUACCAGACACAGUGAGCGGGGCCGUGCUAAACGCAGUCACUCAACUCAACGAGUGGAAACUGGCCCCACAUAGAGAAUGGUGAUGCUGAGAUGAGAUUGCGUACCACGCCUUGGAGGAAAGAGUAAAACCAGUUGAAGUUUUUAAGAGACUUAAUGCUGAAUGCUCAUGGCUGAAUAGGACCUAAUGCCAUGAAUUGGGAAAAUGAAAUAUAUUGGCUGACACAUGUCUGUAUAACAGAAAUUCUCCUUUUGAUUAUUUUCUUGCUGUCUCAUACUUUUGGUGAACUGAGAGGCGAGACGUAUAAGACAUUUCCCCCUCCUUAUUUGGGUUUAUGACUACACAUGGUCUAAACAGCUGGCAAGGGAUAAUGUUCCUUGUUUUUGUCCCAGAUUUGGAGACAGGGUUUGCACUGGUACAUUUAGAAAUGUUUGAAAUGUUUAGUUGUAGAUGUAGUGACGCUUUUUAAUCUGAAAAGAAAUUGCCCCAGUGGGCUGAAGAUAAACGUGCUUAAAGUCCAUCACUUUUCAUUUUGUACGUAAAGCACCAACUGUCCUAUUUUAACAAAACAACGUAAGUCGAGACACUUUGGGGAGUUCUAAAAGACCCAUUUCUUGUAAAUGUUUCCGUGUACAUGAAUUUCUAUGUGCCGUUGUCUAUAGUUCCCCUCUUCAGCUUCGCUCUGCAUUUCAGCACAGUAUUCUUCUCUCAGCAGGAUCUUAGAUUCAGUGUGGAAGUCUCUGUAGCUAUUAUUUAGCUGACAUCUUUUAGUCACUCUUCAUUAUGGACUUAAGUUAGCAAGGGCAAUGUGUACAUAACCUUUGAUAACGAUGUAUGAAAGUAAGUUUGUUUUUAUUUUCCAAAGCAUGCAUUCUUCAUUAUAGAGUUCUACAAAUUGAAUGCUGUACAUAGCACACUGGUACAAAUUGCUUGACUGACAUAUUGAACCAAUCCAGUGUAAUUUACAAAGAAGCCUUAAUUUUAAUAGGUCAGUUCAUGCAUCAUUUUGUAACUCACAGUUUGAAGCUCGUGGUAGAGAGCUGAUGAUUUGUUGUAGAGCCCUUUUGCACUUCAGUGUUCAUUUGCAGAUUUGGACAGAUAUGUGUGCCAUUUUCAGCUGUUGAGCAGGGUGAGUUUUCCACUUGUUAGGGUAAACUGCAUGUUUUUAAAAUGUGUUGUUGGGGUUGCUAAAUGAAUGUAAAGGGCUGAACUGUUGGAUUAUACUCAAGAUUUUGAAAAUGUAUCCAUUGCAUCAGAGGAGAAACCUCCAUAAAUUGAUAAUUGGAUAUUCUUUUCAGGCAUCAAAGUUGAACCCAACGCAAAACAUGGCUGCAACUUUAAGGCGUGUAAAAAAUAAAACUAGAACACUUGUA